AUGAGGAGGGGUCUAGUGAGAUACCUGAAAAAGUUAAGCGAAGAGGAAAUUCCACAGAUUGAUCAGAAAAUAGAUGAUAUAUCAAAACAGAUCACAGAAAAUGAAAAUAUUUGUGAUUUUCAAAUUGAAAGUCUAGGAGAACAUUGUAAGGAAAUAAUAUCAAAGAUAGAGGAAGCUAAACAACACCACGAACAGGCAUUAAGAGACAAUCUGACUAAAAAGAAUACACAAAUGAAACAACUGCAAUCUAAGUUAGAGAGAAAUAAGGAACAGAUUCUUGAGACAGUGGAAUAUAUUACAAAGAACAACAAUUUAAUGUCUAAUUAUAGUUUGAUUGACAACCAUAGGGAACUGGCACGUUUUCUAAGAAAUAUUUCUACUUUUGAUAUAGAGAAUUGUGAACACUCGUUGAAAUACAGAAAAGGAGAAGUCAGACAAGACUUCCUGGACAAUAUGAUUGGAAAGACUUUUGAUUUAGACAACAUCGUUCUUGCUGAAACACACUCAUUUAAAUAUGGUGAUAAAAGAAUAAUUGCAUUGAAGGCAUUUUCUCAAGAUCAUUGUUACAUCGCAGAAAUUCAUUCAGAUUUUAUUGGACAGGUAAACAAAAAUGGCGACAGAGAAAACAAAUUCAGUAUUUCUCCAAAUGACCUGUGUGUUACUGAUACUGGUGAUGUCUAUAUUACGAAUUACAAGGAUGGUACCAUCACUCUUCUAUCACAAUCAAGAGUCGUCUCUAAAGUGGUCAGUACAGACCCUCUAAUUCCCGUAGGAAUCUGUCAGUCAGUGGAUGGUGGACUUUUGGUUACCUUCAGAGAUAGUAAACCAGAUAUCUUUAAAGUAGAAUCCGAUAGCAGACGUUUGGUGAGACACGUUACAUUGACUGGUGACGUCAUCAAUGAGUUUGAAUACCAAGGGGACAAAAUGACCCGUCUCUUUACGUUACCAUGGCGAAUCACACAGAACGGCAAUACACAAAUUUAUGUUGUGAACAGGACGAGUUUAACUUCAGGUGAUCUGGUGAUUUUGUCUUCUUCUGGUCGUCUGAUAUCCGUUUAUCCGGGUCGAAGGUUAAAAGAAAACUUUACUCCAUGUGACGUUGUGUGUGAUUCUUAUUUCAACGUCCUCGUCUCCGACUUAUACAAUCAUCGAGUCCAUCUGCUGAGUCCUGAUGGUGAAUUCUUGAAAUUUUUACUAACAGAAAAAGAAGUGAACGAACCAUUCUCAUUAUCAUUGUUUAAUUCCUCAUUUUGGGUAGGAGAGAACAAAGGAAUUGUCAAAGUUUUUCAGUGCCAAAUUUAA